GUUCCCAAAAAGCAAUGCCCCUCACUUGAGGCUGCCAUAGCUAUAGCCAUAGCCAGAACCAGAGCUCUUCCUCUGUCCCCACUCCCCUUUGAUAAAACCCUCACCUCUCCCCUUCCUCUCUCUUCACCACUCCCCCAAUUUCUCAUUUCUUCUCUCUCUCUCUCUACAAAAAUGUGCCGUUCGGAGCAGGUCAUGGAGGCCACUUCUGUUGUUGCAGUUGGAAGAGCCGUCCUCCAACCCACCUGCAACCGUCUCCACCGCCGUAAUUCCCUCAAAAAACAACCCCCAUCUCCCUCUCCGCCUCUCUCUCCGCCGUCCCCCGCCUCUCCCAAGUCCAAGUCCCCCCGCCCCCCGGCCACCAAGCGGGCCAAUGACGCCGCUACUGCCAUGAACUCCAGCUCCGACAAGCUCGUUCUUCCCGCCGCCGCUCGACCCAGGGCUCUCGAUAGGAAGAAAUCCAAGAGCUUCAAAUUGGGCGGGAGUGGGGCCGAUGAGGCGGCGCCGUCUUUGAGCUACGCUUCGUCUCUGAUCACUGAGUCGCCGGGGAGUAUCGCCGCCGUGAGGAGGGAGCAGGUGGCGCUGCAGCAGGCGCAGAGGAAGAUGAAGAUUGCCCAUUAUGGAAGAUCUAAAUCUGCACGGUUUGAAAAAAUUGUUCCUAUUGAUUCUAAAACUAAACCCGCUGUCGAAGAUCGAAGAUGCAGCUUCAUCACACCUAAUUCAGAUCCCAUCUAUGUUGCUUACCAUGAUGAAGAAUGGGGUGUCCCUGUUCAUGAGGACAAGGUGCUGUUUGAAUUGCUGGUUCUGAGCGUAGCCCAGGUGGGUUCAGAUUGGACUUCAAUAUUGAAGAAACGCCAAGAUUUCAGAAACGCAUUUUCAAGCUUCGAUGCAGAAACUGUGGCUAAUUUUUCCGACAAACAGAUGGUUUCCAUCAGCACGGAAUAUGGCAUCGACAUUAACCGAGUCCGAGGAGUUGUCGACAACGCAAUCCGAAUCCUCGAGAUUAAGAAGGAAUUUGGGUCAUUCGAUAAAUACAUUUGGGGAUUUGUGAACCACAAGCCCUUCUCGCCGCAGUACAAGUCCGGCCACAAAAUUCCGGUGAAGACAUCCAAAUCGGAGACCAUAAGCAAAGACAUGGUCCGACGAGGUUUCCGGUCGGUCGGACCGACGGUGGUCCACUCGUUCAUGCAAGCCGCCGGCCUGACCAACGACCAUUUGACCAGCUGCCACAGGCACCUCCGCUGCACGCUACUCGCCGCCGGCCGCCGCGCUCCGCCGGCCGUGGAAGUGGAGGAGACUUCCGAAACUCUCUAGAAUUUUCUCGACAAUUUAAUUAACAGACAAAAGAGAAAAGAAAAAUGGUAACCUUUACGAGGAGUCAAUCAAUGAUUUGUUUGCUAAUUAACUAGAUAGCUGUUUUUUUUUCUUCCCUUUUUCAGAUUUGUGGGGUUUGUGUAUAUUAAUGUCUAUAUUAAUAGGCUUGUAAGAGAAACCAAAAAAAAAAAAGUGAGAACAGAUUGUGGGGUUGUGAAAUUGUGUGAAAGUUUAAGACUUUUUGGGUUUUUUUUGGUGGGGAUUUUUCAUUUUAGUAAGAGUGUUUGGAUGACUAGAAAAGAAAAGAAAAGAAAAUAAUUGGGAGGGGAUUGUGGUGGUAGGGCUAGUGUAGAAGACAGACAGCAUGUGCUUGUGCAAUUGGGAGGCAAUGGCAUGUGAGUGUGUCAGUUUGCUUUUGUAAAUUCCCAUGUGAUCCAUCAAAAUUUCAACAUUAUUAAUCAAUAUUAUAUUAUUUCUAAUUUCUA